UUUUGGGUCACUUUGCCGGUCCCAAGCCCGGAUAAAAGAAGAGGGUUGGAUGUAUAGCUAGCAAUUCCACCAUUGAAUAUUCUAGCAUUUAACAUUGGAACAAAUGUGAUUUAUGUAAUGCGGGUCAAGACAAACCAUUAAAGUAAUUAAAUAAUUGUUGAGAUUAGGCGUAUUUCAAUGGCAAAAACAAAAUAAAGAUAUAAAAAGAAUCAACAGAAGAAAGGUAAUUUGUAGUCCUAAACAUGUUUUAAAAAAGAAAAGAGUACGAGCAAGAAUUCUGAGUUAUGUUCUGCUUAAGACGGGGAAGCAAAAAAGUAAUUUUACCUUGCAGAAUAGAGACAUUUCUGAUCUACUGUCGUCUAGAUUUAACUCGGGUGGUUUCAAGUUUUGAUCCCUGAAGAGUUGGGAACGUUUUUUGUAUUCCCCUCUACCAUGCUCUCUCCUACAGCCGCCAUUACAUGAUAUGCAAAUUAGGCGAUGACGUCAUUUAGCGACUUCUGGCGACUUUUCGGACAGCCAAUAGGCUAGCUACUUUCCUUACUAUGGAGUUGGCAACACUGACUGCAUAGUGGACGGGCCACAUUCUCCACCCACAUUCCUGUGGUUACAUCACACACACACACACACACACACACACACACACACACACAAAACUGUGUUGUGUGAACCACUGUUCAUCUUCAAGGAGGACGCAAGGAUGGAGUCAACUGAGGGUUUCGUGAAGUAUCAGUUGGGCUUACCCCACAUGCACCACUUGAUCGCGGUGCUCUGUGUUGUUGCCGUUGUUUAUAAGUUGACAAUCUUGCUCGCCCAAAGAAGAGCUGCGAAGCAAAGUAUGGAAUUGUUUCCAGGACCACCGUCGCACUGGCUCUUUGGACAUCUAAAGGAGGUAACGUACGAUGACUGCUCAGUGACGCAGAAGCAAGUGCAAGAAACAAUUUAAACAGGAUGGAUCGGACUUGAAAAAGAUUGUGAAAUGGGGACAGCAGUACCCUUAUGCUUUCCCGAUGUGGUUUGGUCCCCUUGUUUGUUUCCUCAGCAUUCACCAUCCAGACUAUGUGAAAACUAUAUUGGCAUCUACAGAGCCAAAAGAUAAUAUGGCAUAUACUUUUGUUAAGCCUUGGAUUGGUGAUGGCUUAUUGGUGUCUGAAGGUCAGAAGUGGUUUCGCCACAGAAGGCUCUUGACCCCAGGUUUCCAUUAUGAAGUUUUGAAACCCUACGUAAAUCUGAUGUCAGACUCUGUUAAAACCAUGCUGGACAAAUGGGAGAGUUAUGCAAAAACCAAUGAGUCCUUUGAAUUGUUUAACCACGUGAGCCUUAUGACACUGGACAGCAUCAUGAAGUGUGCGUUCAGCUACAACAGCAACUGUCAGACCGAGAGCGGAACAAAUGAAUACAUCAAGGCAGUCUAUGAGCUCAGUAAUUUGAUUAACCUGCGGUUCAGGACGUUUCCAUACCACAAUGACCUCAUUUUCUACCUCAGCCCACAUGGCUUCAGACUAAGAAAAGCAUGCAAGGUGGCUCACAGUCACACAGGGGAAGUCAUACGAAAGAGGAAAGAAGCACUCAAGGAGGAGAACGAGCUGGAUCGCGUACAGGGAAAGAGAAACGUGGACUUUCUGGACAUCCUUCUCUUAGCGAGAGAUGAGAACAAACAGGGUAUGUCAGAUGAAGAUAUACAAGCAGAAGUGGACACCUUCAUGUUUGAGGGCCAUGACACUACAGCCAGUGCCAUGUCCUUCAUCCUCUACUCUCUGGCCUGCCACCCAGAGUACCAGAAGAUGUGCCGGGAUGAGGUCCUUCAAGCCCUGGAUGGCAAGGACACCAUGGAGUGGGAGGAUCUCAGUAAAAUUCCAUACACUACAAUGUUCAUAAAAGAGUCCCUCCGCCUUUACCCUCCGGUACCAGGAAUGUCCAGAAUCACCACCAAGACCAUUACGUUUUUUGAUGGAAGAACUUUGCCUGCAGGGAGUCAUAUUGGAACAAGUGUGUAUUCGCUUCACAGGAAUGCAACUGUCUGGGAAAACCCUGAAGUCUUUGACCCACUGCGUUUUCUCCCGGAGAAUGUUUCCAAGAGGUCUCCUCACGCAUUCGUGCCCUUCUCUGCUGGGCCAAGAAACUGCAUUGGUCAGAACUUUGCCAUGAACGAGCUGAAAGUGUCAACAGCGCUGACACUGAAGAGAUACCAUCUGAUCGAGGACCCGACGCAAACACCACAGAUAGUUCCUCGACUGGUGCUUCGUUCACUUAAUGGCCUCCACAUCAAAAUAAAACCUGUAGACCCAUGAGUGAAAAUGGAAAUAACUGUUGAAAAAAAACCUGGGAAAUAAAUGACUCAUAAGGGAACUUCUUCUAUGAUUUGACUCAACUUUUAAACUAACAAAUAAUCACAAACAGAUACUAAUGAAGUGAUUAACUGUUAAGUAUUUUAUCAAGUGUCUAAUGAUUAUUUACACUGGAACCUGUGUUAAUGAGACAUUUAUCGCACUUUACAUAUAAAAGGAAGAUGACUUUUGUGAUCGUCAAAAGGAAAACCUAAGUAACAUUUUUGUUUCACCAUUUAUAAAUGCAUCUCAACUGGUUUAGCUAAGCUUUGUACAGAGCACCUUGGCAUUAUGUAAAUGUGUUCAUGGAAGUGUUAGUGUGACCUUUAACAGGUCAGAGGCACUCUUAUUGACAUUGCACCCUUGUGCAACAUUUCAGUUGAUGUAAUGUGGUGUAAUCGUUCACAUUGAAUCAUUACGUUUUCAAAAUCAGCCAUGUAUUUUGAUUCUUUAACUUUCCCGACUCCUCACGUUAAAUAUUUUUAUAAUAAAGCACUUUUUCCAUUCCA